CAGAUUUGGCGACUGGCGAUUUUCUGGCUACUAGUUACCCCAAUAGGCGAUUUUUUGGCUAUCAUACGAAAGCUAGGGUGCGUUCCGAGUUGCGCAUGAAGCGCAUAGACUGCUUUACUGUUGCGCAGCACAGGAAAUCGUUCCGUUUUGUCAAUGCGCAUGAAGCGCUUUUAGUAUUCGGAACGAUUUCCUGUGCAGUCUGCGCGCUAAGCACCUUGAAAAUGGACGCCAUGCAAACCAUCAACAAACGAUUUCCAGUUAUUGUGAUAUCUUCGGUGAUGGUUUUGAAGAACGAAAGCGACAGUUCUGAAUCGAGCGACAGUGAAAAUGACGAUGAAAUUGAAAACAUAUCUCUAAAUGAUAUGCAAACAUUAUUUUCCAUACUAAUGGCGGAUAAAUCACGUGGAGAACAAAUUGCAGUCGAAAAAAUUACGGAUUACAUCGAUCGAGUGAUUCCUAAUUACACCAACGUUAUAUUUAAAGAACAUUUUAGGCUGUAUCCCAGUACAUUUGAAAUGCUNUUAUCACUGAUUGGACCAGCACUAAAUGCCACAAAUACCACAACUGGUAGAAAGCCAAUUUCUGCAGAAAAGCAAUUGUAUAUUGCUCUAUGGUUUAUGGCUACUCCUGAUUCGUAUAGGUUAUGUAAACUCAACUAUUUUCUUUAGAGCAGAAAGAUUGUC